AUGCGCGGGAAUCGGACGCAUCUGGAAGUGUUUGCGAAUGCUGGUCUCGGUCUCGAUGGCGACAGCGAAGGCGAGGAGGGCGGAGUCGGCGAGGAAGGCGAAGGGACGGGGGGGACGCCCAGGGCGGCUGGCCACGCGCCUCCGCGGAGCAGAGGCGCAGACGCUCCGAGACACGACCAGCGACGCACGCGGGGGGGUGUUCGAGGACGCGCAGCAACCAUUCUCGGGAACGUCCCGUGCUUCUGCCUCCCCCUCGAAGACGUCAUCUCGACGAUUGCGACGGCGGAACGCGCGGCGCUUCUGACGCGUUUGCGCGGUGUUGAGGUUCGCAGUUUCGUCUUGGAGAACAGCUACUUUUUCGACGCCUUGGCGAGUCACGUCUUUGCGUUGCCUGUGGACGCGAGGCCGCCUCUCGACCUCCUUCGGAUCGUCAACUACCGGAAUGAAGAUCUGCGCGACACACUCUCUCCCGGGGAACUCGACCGGGUCAGGAAAGCUGAAAUCGACCUUGUGCAGCAAAUGCAGAGAGAGGAUGUGCAGGAGGAAGCGCGGGUGCGACGGCUCCACGAGGAAGAAACAGAACGGCGCCGAACCGGAGACGAGGGCAAGCGAAGCAGCGAGGACGCGGCGACAGCGGAUCUCCGAGAAGGCCCCAGUGGCAGCGACGCAGAGGCAGGAGACGAAGGAGAGGACAACGCCUGCCUGGGCAGUGAGGCUUUCUCCGCGCCCUUACCUCUCGUCGUCUCCAAGUCGCUCCCGGUCGUCCCUCGGCCUGUCCAGCGCCACGUGCGUUCUCUGCUCUCGCACUUCCCUCGCAUUCGGACAAUUGAGUUGCUCUUUUCUCCGCGGAAGAAAUUUUUCUCUUCCCCCGCGCACGCUAUGGCCUUCGUCUCCCCGUUCGCUGUCUUUGCAGAGGCAUUUGGCUUCGAAUUGCGCCCGAUUGAGCUCCAUCCAAUCACCCGAGCUUGUCCUGGGUGUACAGACACCGAAGGACAAAUUGGGAGGUUACCCAAACUGGAAAUUGGGUCACCGAAAGGUGGCCGACGCGACAUGUGCCCUCAAGGUUCUUCCGGUUGCGCAGGAACUCACUCACUUCCUCACGGGCGCAGUUGCCUCUCAGCCGCAUUGGGUCCACCCGAGGACAGCUUCGAAGCCGCAAGGACGCGACACUCUCUCCAGGUACCCGACUUCUCCAGUGGAGGCACUCCUGACUGUUCGUAUACCAUUGGCGGCCAUUGUCUUCGGUACAACAAAGGGCUCUGCGUCUGUUGCGAUGAAGAGGAGAUUGGCGCGGCCCUCGCAGCUCGGCUUGUCGCCGAAUAUAAGGCGAAGCUAGAGAGGGACAUGAGAAAGUUGCUUGCACUGAGGACAGCGCUCGCGCAGCAUGCGGGGACGCCGAAGAAGACGAAGCCGCUGGAGGCAAACGACGGAGGUGUGAGGGAGAGGAACGUUGAAAGAAACGGGGGAGCACGGUCUGCGACAGAGGACAGCGAUAUUGAGCAGAGGAGAGACACAAUAUUGGCAAGAGAGGAGAUGCGUCGUGAAACGGGUGACGCCAACGAUGCUGGAUUGCAAGACAAGAUAACAGAACUCAAGGAAAAAUCGCAGGCGGGAUCAGGUGAAGGCGCGACUGCCGGCACGACUUGCGCUUCUUCGUGUCCAAAGUCUCCACGCACGAGCGAAAGGUUUUCUUAUUUCGCUGGAGACGCCCAAUCUGUAGUUGCGGACGACGCCGAUGACAAGGAGACCCAGACAGGAGAGGUUCGAUGGGCAGAAUGCCAGGCGCUCCUCUUGUCGCAAUCUGACGUAGAAGCGCUGCAGUCCGACCAGCAGCAAGAGCGGAAGGGAGGCGAGUUUAGUAGAGGGGAGAAGCAGCGCCAUCAGGCAAGGAAGGAGGAAGGAAGUCUCAUAACCUCUAGCCGCUUCGUUGGAGAGGAAAAGCACGGAACACCCAGUCGGGGCCGUGAACACCUUAGGGGCGGGGACGGAUGCAGAAGGGAAGGAGAACGACUACGCAAACCGAAAAACAGCACGGAUCCUGUUUCUUUCCCCAUCCUUGGUUUUCUCGUUCGUGACAUUACCCUGUCUCAUCCGGUGGCGGAUGCUGACGAGUAG